AUGGAACAAAUUGGAAGGGAAGAUGAAAUUGAAGAUUUGUCACUAUCUCCUCCAACAAUGGGAUCCAUGCAAAUUGCAGGCAGCAAUGGAUUUGGUCAUAGCAUAGAGUUUAUGUCUCAAGCUUACUUGACAAAUAGGAGUUCUGAGAUUGAUAUUGAGGACGGGAUAUCGAAUGCAAAUGUGGAAUUCAAGGUAAAAGUUCCUCAACGUCCCUCGAAUAAUCCAGUGAAGGCUGUCGUGUCGAAGGUGGCUUCACAAUUGCACAUUGAACAUGAUAACUACAAGAAGAUAUUGAAAGGUAUAACUGGGAGCAUUGGCCCUGGAGAGAUUCUUGCUCUGAUGGGACCUUCUGGUAGUGGAAAAACAACUCUGUUAAAGAUAAUAGGUGGGAGAUUGCACGAAAAUGUUACCGGAACUAUUACUUGCAAUGAUAUUCCAUAUAAUCCAGCUCUCAAGAGAAGGAUUGGGUUUGUGACACAGGAUGAUAUACUUUUACCACAGUUGACAGUCGAAGAAACCUUAGUUUUCGCAGCUUUUUUAAGACUUCCAAGCAGAAUGAGCCAGCGCCAAAAGUAUGAACGAGUCGAGAUGAUUGUUAAGGAAUUAAACCUUGAAAGGUGUCGUCAUACACGAAUUGGUGGAGGAUUUGUUAAAGGUGUAUCAGGAGGAGAAAGGAAAAGAACCAGCAUAGGAUAUGAAAUUCUCGUUGAUCCUUCAUUAUUAUUCCUCGACGAACCAACUUCGGGGCUUGAUUCGACUUCUGCGAAUAAACUACUUCAAAUACUUCAAGGUCUUGCCAAGGCAGGAAGGACAAUUAUUACAACAAUCCACCAGCCUUCAAGCAGGAUGUUUCACAUGUUUGACAGGGUUCUGUUAAUUUCAGAAGGGUAUCCUGUCUACUAUGGAAAAGCCCGAGAGUCGAUGCAGUACUUUUCUUCUUUAAGGUUCAUCCCGGAGAUAGCCAUGAACCCUGCAGAAUUCUUGCUGGAUUUGGCAACAGGACAAGUAAAUGACAUAACCGUCCCUGAAGAAUUACUUAUAUCUAAUGGAACUGCUGAUUAUGAAAGAGUUAUAAUAAGACACAAAUACAAAGUCGAAAUCGAACCCAAAGAGAAGCAAGAGAAUCAUCAGAGAUCAAAGGCAUCAGAGCGCCUUCAGUUAGCCAUUCAAGUUAAGAAGGACUGGACUCUAACUUGGUGUGAACAAUUUAGGAUAUUGUGCAAGAGAACAUUCAAAGAAAGAAGGAGAGAUUACUUUGAUCAACUAAGACUCAUUCAAGCACUCGGAGUUGCUGUCUUAUUAGGCCUUCUCUGGUGGAAAUCGAAUACUAAAACCGAGGCUCAACUCAGAGAUCAGAUUGGUUUAUUGUUCUACAUUUGCAUUUUCUGGACUUCUUCGUCAAUAUUUGGAGCAGUAUACGUAUUUCCGUUUGAGAAGAUAUACUUGGUGAAAGAAAGGAAGACAGAUAUGUACAGAUUGAGUGUGUACUAUGUUAGCAGCACUCUAUGUGACAUGGUGGCUCAUGUUUUAUAUCCCAUGUGUUUCAUGUGCAUUUUGUAUUUCAUGGCUGGAUUCAAGAGGACAGUGGAAUGUUUCUUCACGACACUAUCUGCAAUACUAUUGAUCACCAUUACGAGUCAAGGUGCAGGAGAACUUUUUGGAGCUGCAGUAAUGAGCAUCAAAAGGGCUGGGAUGAUUGCUUCUCUGAUAUUGAUGAUAUUUCUUCUCACUGGAGGAUACUAUGUUCAGCACAUACCAAAAUUUAUGCAGUGGAUCAAGUAUGCAUCUUUCACCUACUAUGGCUUUAGGCUUCUGUUGAAGGUGCAGUACUCUAGCGAUGAAUUAUACGAAUGCAAUAGCCAUGGCGGCUGCCGGAGUUUGCAGAGUUCACCUUCGUUUGACACGGUCAGUUUGAAUGGUGGACUACAAGAAGUUUGGGUGCUAUUAGCCAUGGCUUUAGCUUAUCGUUUCUUAGCAUACAUUUGUCUUCGCAGAAAAAUAAGCAUCUACAAUAUUUGA